CACCACUACCAGUCACUUCCACCACUCUCUUUUACUCGCCAUCAGCUCGGCCAUCCAGCUCGAGACAGCAUCCGUGCUCGCUCCCUAGCCAGCACGCACUCGCCACCCACCAUGGCGCUCAAGCUGCGAGCGCGCGACGACGCGCCCGCCCGCCCCGCCUUCUCGUUUGCGACCUCGCCGCCACCCGUCGCGCAGGAUGUGCCCGGCUCCGGCGCGGCCCACCCGCGCCCGCCCGGCGACUUCCUCCCCGAACGCGACAUGCACAUGUAUGGCGCGCAGCCGCUCGAGGUCGCCGAACCCGGCCGCAGCGUCGUGCGCUGCACCCGCUGCGGGCGCAACGUCCUCGAGUGGGCUGCGGGUGACCACAGGCGCAUCUGCUCGCACGUCCUCGACGGCGCGCCACUCACGGUGAAGAAGACGCUCAAGGCCGACAAGCGCGUGCGCGCGGGCACCGAUGACCCUAGUGGAAAGAAGCGUCGCGCGAGCGAGGUCUCUCCGUCCGACUCGCCAGAAGCGAGCCCCUCCAAGAAGAAGCAGCGUUUGCUCCACGCCGACGUACGUGAGAUGGUGGGCUCGGACGACGAGCUCGACCUGAGCGCUCUUAAACAUAUGAAAAAGAGCGAGAUUAAAAAACUGCAGAAGGAGCACGAGCGACUCAAGAAGCGCGCAGCAAAGGAGAAGGAGCGAGAGGCGAUUGCGGAGCGCAAGCGCCAGCGUGCGUCCAACCCGCUCGACUACGACCGCCAAUGCGGUGUCAUCAACGACAAGGGGCUCCCGUGCUCGCGUUCGCUCACUUGCAAGACGCAUACUGUCGGCGCCAAGCGCGCCGUCCAGGGCCGCACUCGUCCCUACGACGAGCUCUUUAUCGAGUGGCAGCGUGCCCACAACCCCAACUUCAAAGAGCCCGUGCCCAAGAAGGACAAGGAGGCCGCCAAGGCCAACGGCGGUGGCUCGGGUGCCGGCUCGACCCUCGGCGCGGCGGACCGCAAGGCCGCCGCGGCAAAGAAGCGCCGCCUCGCGCUCGACGGCGACGACGGCCUCCGCUUCGACGAGGACGGCCACCGCGAGAUGGAGGAGCUCAUCCGCGCCACCCGUAUCUGCGGCGACCGUGUGCGCACGGCAUCGUACGCGAUCGGCAGCGAGCACAAGACGCCGUCCGUUGGCGGCAGCCCUCCUGCCCAGGCGGCAACGCCCUCCGCCAAGGCCGCUGCCCCGCUCCGCACUGCCCCGUCGUCGACCGGCAGCUUCAGCGACAACCUCUUCGUCUCGGCGUCGCCGUGGCAGACGACGUCGUACGAGCAGUUCUCGAUGGGCGACCUCCUCACCAAGGCGCUCGCCGCCCGCCCCCGCCCGUCCCAGCAGACGGGCCGCGGCUCCAUCUCGGGCGCGUCAAAGCCCGGCCCCAUUGUCCCGCCGCUCGUCACCCCCGUCGCGCCGGCGACCCAGGGCGUCACGGCCUGAGCAGAGCUGCUGCCCAUGUAGCCAUCUACUGUCCAUCUGUAUAACGCGGCGAGCGGGUGGGGCGCAGCCCCAGCCCGGCUACCCCCUGCGACCACCCCGCCGCAUCCCACUUUACAGUUGUAUUUGUCGCCCCCCGCGGCCACUUUCAUUCCAUGAUACCCCAUUGGCAACUCGUUGCCUCAUGCAUAUCGUACACUACAUGGUUGCAUGGUACAGUGGUGGCGUGGGCGGCGUGGGCUUGGCCGUGGGCUUGGCUGUGGCCGUGGCCGAUGGCCUGCUAAUGAACAUUACUACGGGGGCUACUGGGCUACUCGUCGUCAACCUCGAUGGGCUCGGCGCCUCGACGGUUGGACGAUGGUGAUGGGUCGGCCUGCUCUGGUGCCUGCUGGUUGAGGCUGCGGCGUGCCGAGCCGCGGGUGGUGAGACUGUGUGGUGUCGACGGAGCGUUCUUGCCCGUGUGCACACGCGGCGUGGGGGGCGGGGGCGGCGCCGCGACCUGCUUCGGGGGCUGCGGGACCGCCGCACGCGCGUGCGUGUUGGACGGGCGCUUGACAAUGGCGUUGGGAAAGAGGGGGUUGGUCGACAGCGCGAGCGGCGGCAGGUCGCCGUGCCCUGCGACUGUGACCCCGUUGCGCUCGGCGCCGCUG